AUGAAAGAUGUUGUCCCUGAUGUUCUGCCCCGGAACGGCUAUGACGGCAAGGGUCCCGAGACAGCUGCCGAGCUCAUCGAAGACAUCAAGUCCGGAACCCGGCGGUCUACUAUGGCCGUCAAGAUUACUCCCUAUAUACUUAGUCUAAUUGAUUGGGCAGACCCGCUUCGUGAUCCCCUCGCACGUCAGUUCAUACCCUUGGGGUCUCGAAUUCGACCGGACCAUCCGAAGCUGAGUCUUGACUCUCUUAACGAGACGGGCGACUCCCCGGUAAAGGGGGUUAUUCACAGAUAUCCGGACCGGGCCGUUUUUCUCGCAAGUUCGGUGUGUCCUGUAUAUUGUCGGAAUUGCACGCGAUCGUACAGUGUUGGGGCGGAUACGGAGGAGGUUAGUAAAACCAGGUUCCUGCCCAUCCAAAAACGAUGGGAGGCCAUGUUUGAUUACAUCGAGCGUACGCCGGCUCUUCGGGACAUCCUCGUCUCUGGCGGAGACCUCUAUACGCUCAGCCCAGACCAAAUACGAAUGAUAGGGAUGCGUCUGCUCGGGAUUCCUCAUAUCGAGCGAAUCCGGAUCGCGAGCAAAGGGCUUGCCAUUUGUCCAAGCAGAUUCAUCGACCCGGACGACGACUGGGCCGGCGCUGUCAUCGACCUCUCCCAUCGAGGCAGGAAAUUGGGGAAGGGUGUCGCUCUCCACACACAUUUCAACCACCCCAACGAGAUUACCUGGGUCACGAGACUGGCAGCCCAGAGGCUAUUUGAAGAAGGCGUCACAGUAAGAAACCAGACUGUGCUUCUAAACGGUGUCAACAACGACGUCGACACUAUGAAAUCGUUGAUCGCGCAGCUUUCGUCACUCAACGUCCAGCCAUAUUACGUUUUCCAGUGCGACAUGGUCCGCGGGAUCGAGGACAUGCGGACGCCGCUGCAGGAGAUCCUGGCGCUUGAGGCAGCAAUCCGCGGCUCGAUAGCGGGGUUCAUGACCCCAAACUUCGUCGUCAACUUGCCCGGCGGUGGCGGGAAGAGACUUGCUUGCUCAAAGGAAUCCUACGAUAGAAGUACGGGCCUGUCGACGUUCCUGUCCCCGAUUAGUAAAGACCCAAGUCGUACGUGGGAAUAUUGGGACCCUUUACCUUCGCACCCUGAAGUUGGAGAGUGA